GUGGCAGGAGGAGGAGAGCAAAGCUACCGAGCCAGCGAGGAGGGAAGCUGAGCCUGGCUUCACACGCUCCAAGAGGACCACCUCCUGAGACAGAGUUUUUUUUUCCUCUCUUCCUCUUCUUUCUCCAAGCUCCCCUCCUGCCCUUCCUCCCUGCCCAAUACAAUGCAUUCUUGAGUGACAGCGUCUGGACUCCAGGCAGCCCCAGAGAACCGAAGCAAGCCAAAGAGAGCGGACUGGAGCCAAGACACUCUGGUGGGGGAGCUUGGAUGCCUGGCCUUCUUUGAGGACAUCUUUGGAGCGAGGGUGGCUUUGGGGUGGGGGGUUGUGCUGCAGGGAAUCCAGCCAGGCCCCAAGAUGGACACUUCUGGGCACUUCCAUGACUCAGGGGUGGGGGACCUGGAUGAAGACCCCAAGUGCCCCUGUCUGUCUUCUGGGGAUGAGCAACAACUGCAGCAGGCACAGCAGCCACCACUAUCGCCAGCACCACCAGCAGCCCCCCAGCAGCCCCCGGGACCCCCGCUGCAGCCUCAGCCUCCGCAGCUUCAGCAGCAGCAGCAGCCACCGCAUCCCUUGUCUCAGCUCACCCAACUCCAGAGCCAGCCCGUGCACCCCGGCCUGCUGCACUCCUCUCCCACUGCUUUCAGGGGCCCCUCUUCGUCCAACUCCACUGCCAUCCUCCACCCUUCCUCCAGGCAAGGCAGCCAGCUCAAUCUCAAUGACCACUUGCUUGGCCACUCUCCAAGUUCCACAGCCACAAGUGGGCCUGGCGGAGGCAGCCGGCACCGACAGGCCAGCCCCCUGGUGCACCGGCGGGACAGCAACCCCUUCACGGAGAUCGCCAUGAGCUCCUGCAAGUACAGCGGUGGGGUCAUGAAGCCCCUCAGCCGCCUCAGCGCCUCCCGGAGGAACCUCAUCGAUGCUGAGCCCGAGGGCCAACCCCUCCAGCUCUUCAGUCCCAGCAACCCCCCCGAGAUCGUCAUCUCCUCCCGGGAGGACAACCAUGCCCACCAGACCCUGCUCCAUCACCCCAACGCCACCCACAACCACCAGCAUGCAGGCCCCACAGCCAGCAGCACCACCUUCCCCAAAGCCAACAAGCGGAAAAACCAAAACAUUGGCUAUAAGCUGGGACACAGGAGGGCCCUGUUUGAAAAGAGAAAGCGACUGAGUGACUAUGCUCUGAUUUUUGGGAUGUUUGGAAUUGUUGUUAUGGUGAUAGAGACCGAGCUCUCUUGGGGUUUGUACUCAAAGGAUUCCAUGUUUUCGUUGGCCUUGAAAUGCCUUAUCAGUCUGUCCACCAUCAUCCUUUUGGGUUUGAUCAUCGCCUAUCACACACGUGAAGUCCAGCUCUUCGUGAUCGACAACGGUGCGGACGACUGGCGGAUAGCCAUGACCUACGAGCGCAUCCUCUACAUCAGCCUGGAGAUGCUGGUGUGCGCCAUCCACCCCAUUCCCGGCGAGUACAAGUUCUUCUGGACGGCGCGCCUGGCCUUCUCCUACACGCCCUCGCGGGCCGAGGCGGACGUGGACAUCAUCCUGUCCAUCCCCAUGUUCCUGCGCCUCUACCUGAUCGCCCGCGUCAUGCUGCUGCACAGCAAGCUCUUCACCGACGCCUCGUCCCGCAGCAUCGGGGCCCUCAACAAGAUCAACUUCAACACCCGCUUCGUCAUGAAGACCCUCAUGACCAUCUGCCCCGGCACCGUGCUGCUCGUGUUCAGCAUCUCGCUGUGGAUCAUCGCUGCCUGGACCGUGCGCGUCUGCGAGAGCCCUGAAUCACCAGCCCGGCUUUCUCGCUCAUCACUUCCUGCUUGGUACCACGACCAGCAGGAUGUAACUAGUAACUUUCUGGGUGCCAUGUGGCUCAUCUCCAUCACAUUCCUUUCCAUUGGUUAUGGGGAUAUGGUGCCCCACACAUACUGUGGGAAAGGUGUCUGUCUCCUCACUGGCAUCAUGGGUGCCGGCUGCACUGCCCUGGUGGUGGCCGUGGUGGCCCGAAAGUUGGAACUCACCAAAGCAGAGAAGCACGUUCACAACUUCAUGAUGGACACUCAGCUCACCAAACGGAUCAAGAACGCUGCGGCCAAUGUUCUCCGGGAAACGUGGCUAAUCUAUAAACACACAAAGCUGCUAAAGAAGAUUGACCACGCCAAAGUCAGGAAACAUCAGAGGAAGUUCCUCCAAGCUAUCCACCAGUGAGCGAGGAGCGUCAAGAUGGAGCAGAGGAAGCUGAGUGACCAAGCCAAUACCCUGGUGGACCUUUCGAAGAUGCAGAACGUCAUGUAUGACUUAAUCACAGAACUCAACGAUCGGAGCGAAGACCUGGAGAAGCAGAUUGGCAGCCUAGAGUCUAAGCUGGAACACCUCACUGCCAGCUUCAAUUCCCUGCCGCUGCUCAUUGCCGACACCCUGCGCCAGCAGCAGCAGCAGCUCCUGUCUGCCGUCAUCGAGGCUCGGGGCAUCAGCGUGGCAGUGGGCACCACCCACACCCCAGUCUCCGACAGCCCGAUCGGGGUCAGCUCCACCUCCUUCCCGACCCCAUACACAAGUUCAAGCAGUUGCUAAAUAAAAUCCCCCCGCCCAGAAGCAUUACCCAUAGGUCUUAAGAUGCAAAUCAACUCUCUCCUGGUCUCUUUGCCACCAAGGACCAUUCAGACCAGGGGACGUAAAGAAGAGAGACCGAGCUAAUUAACUAACUCAUGUUCAUUCAGCGUGCUUGGUUCGAUAUGCCUUGAAACCAGAAAUCUAAUCUCUGUUUAGGUGCCUCUACUUGGGAGCGGGAAGAGGAGAUGACAGGAAGCGACGCCUCUGGCAGGGCCCUUGCUGCAGAGUUGGUGGAGAACAGAAAUCCACGCUCAACCUCAGGUCUUCACGUGGCGGGGUGGGGGGGUCAGAUGCACUGAAGUAGCCAACAGUGAAGCAAGCCCAGAAGCAGGUCCCGCUGGGGGAGGGGGUCUCGCGUCAGGCCUAGGAAACAGGGACCUCCCCACUGGGGUCCUCGAGCGCACCUCUCUCCUUUCCUUUUGUCGAAGGAAGCCUCUGGGUGACAGAAGUUAAAGAGAGCUGCCCACAACUUGCCAAAACAGACGUAAUUUCCUCCCAUAUCUUAUACAAUCCUAAAACUCAAUUUAGACGGAAAAAUAAGAAAGCCAGAUUUUCCUUCCAAUAUGAAUACCCAUAUAAACCUGUGUGUUUGCAAGCAUGUCAUGUGCGUGUGUGCACAAACACACACACACACACACCCCACAUUCAACCCAGUCCUUUCUUGUUCUAACUUAACCCAAAUAGGAAGGGACCUGGUACCUUAUCCUGCACACAGCAGGCACUCUAAAUGUUGAAUUGGUUUGUAAGUGAAUGUGGGUACUUUGGGUUCAGGUAGUUUUUCUUGGGUUGGUCAUGUUCUGAGCUUCCCUGAAUUUUCAUGUCCCUUCAAACACAAUACAGGUCGCUUUGCCCUGGAUAUGCACCAUGCUUGGUUUGAGAGGAAUGCCAAGCCAAAACUGUUGGCAUUCCAGAUGGAUAAGCAGGCUUCCAAAAAUAACAGCCCAUGCAGAGUUUACUUCUUACAUCCAAACAAGCUGUGUUCUUCUGGACCACACGUCCAGGUGUGUGUUUGUAAGGAAGGGGGCUCCGGGCAUCUGUGCACGUGUGUGCACACACAUGCGUACACACACAUGCACAAGCAGGUGCAACCCAAUGAAAGCCUAGUGAACAGAAGUAUUGAUAGGGGAUUUGCUGAGCUGUAUUUAUCUAGAAACAGGUUUCCAGCCCAGACAUUAGGAGUUCAAAGAGGUCAAGUGCCUCAGCCGAGAGCUGCUGUGCUGGGAGAAGUGAUGAUGAGUGGCCCAUGUGGUCCCUUCUAAAUGACCAAAGUCCUCUCAAAAGGAAAUACUGUGAGAAUAAGGAGAGUCCUUAGGGAACCUUGUGGGCAAGGUAAGAUGAUGUGGUUCCAUCAGUAGCCUGUUCCCACUGUGCCAUGUUAAUCUUGGUACAAAAACUAUCCAAAUACAUCUCCAACUCCAGGAGACUUCAGAAACAUCAGGAUCCAGUGUAGUGUCAGGCACUGGGAGGAGAAGGCUUGUGGGUGCAAAAAGUUUUCAUUACCCCAUGAUAUGACCACAUGUAUGUUUGCGUUGUGAAAGCCACCAUUGUGAUAUUUAUCACUUUCCUCAUUCUGAGGUCUUUGACUUAAGCUUAUGGGGAAUUAAAUGAUACUGUAUGGCAUAUUUCAUCUGUUUAGAGUGAAACAAAAGGGUGUUAUUUGUGUAUAGUUGCUGUGCUGGGUUUAGCUUUGUAACAAAACGUCAUCAACUUUUCAGAGCUGGUGUCUGGCUGUGGGAGAUUUUCUUCUGCAGCUCUGGACCUGGUCUUCUAAGGACAAGGGAAUCACUGGACAAAAAAAAGUAGACAUACCUAGAACUAAAGGCACUCACUCUUUGGAGAAGAUAGGGUGUCUUGCUAAACCUUUUCUUUAGUCUUUUGUUCUUGCUGUUGUUUUUCCCUUAAUGGUCUCAUGCUGAUCUUGAUAACUCUUUCCAGUAUUUUCAUUGGCUGUUUUGCAUACCACAGAUGCCACACUUGCUGUUGGCUUUUCUUUUUUUUUUCAAACUUGUUCCUUUAACUAUUGUGUAUCCAAACGAUCCUUCCCCAUCCCUUUUUUAUGUUCCAAGAAUGGUGCUACUGUUUUCAGUGACAGUUCAGCAGAACAUAUAAGCAAAUGUAUGAACAGAUGAAAUAACCAUGCAGUUUGAUUGUGGUAUUGGUCUAUCUCACAAAGUGAAGACCACUGACUGGUUAGCCAAUCCUAAUCAUUUAACCCACAACCUCAACCACUGACUCCUAUUUGCCCUUUCCAUUCUGCCGUAACCCUGUGAUGUGUGUGUGUAUGUGCUGUAUAUGUGCAUAUACAGGGAUUUAGUUAUAAUUUCAAACCAAUGACAUGCAAAAUUCCUCUGCCACUCCUCCUGCCCAGAAGGGUACAGAGACUGUCACUGAUCCAUCAGGGUCCGUGGAUAAUCCUCCUUUAACCCAUCAUUACUGCCAUACACUUAGGUGAAGCCUGAAGGCCUAGCUAGCAGCCUAGUCAAGGAAGGGGUUGGGGUCAUUUCCAGUAGCAAUUGCCACUGGCAUCCUAGAAACACAUGGGCAUUUGUAGCAUGACUGGACCUAUUGGUAGUGCAAUAGUGAUGUGCGGUUUUUAUCCUUGGCAAAAGAAUACUUACUCUUCAAAAAACUAAGUGAUCAAAUCUGCAUGCUGAUCCUGCCAUGGUAAAUGGGAGGCUACUUUUCUCUACUAGUAUUUUAGCUUUAUGUAGGGAUGUUACCCAUUCUUUUGCAAGUACAAUCAACCUUUGAUGACUUUGGCAUUGAUUAUCCAGGGUGGAGAUCACCCAGAUUUUAGUUCCUACAGCCCAUCUUUUGGCUAAUCCCCUGCACAUCAGUAUCACAGUCAGAUGGAAAGAAAGGGCAGGUGGAUUUUCAUCCCAUGCCUUUUUGUUCCUUAUUUUCAAGUUUGUUGGAGGAGGAGGUUUAAUGAUCUAUUCAAGAAUUGGCUCUACUUAAAAACUACUAAUUACAGUAACCUCACUCUGAUAAUUGAACUGAUCAAGUUCUGCCCACUCCUGGAAGGCUGACCCAGUGGCAGAGCCCCUCUGAGAAGCUUUCUGAUAACUCAGUGACAGGUAAAUGCACCCUAAUACUCUCAAAAAAUAUCUAGACACUUGAAUUAGAAAUACAGAGCCACCCCCUCAUUGCUUAAGCCAUAUUAUAGCUUCAUGUACUGUAAAGUCGGGGACGAACUGUGAUACUUUAAGACCACUAAUCUCAGUGGAAUUUCAGGACAUAGCGUAAGUCAGUAAAUCAUACCAGCCUAGGGGCUCACUCCUCCUUAGAUUGAAGUCCAAAUCAAAACCUGCACCUUUGGGUCAAAGGCUAUGUAUGUGUGAUCAUCACCAAUAAAUUGUCAUAAAGUGUCUAUAAGCUGCUCUUGCCCUAUCCUCAUAAUGGUGUCCAACCCGAUGACAUUUACCAUCUCUAGAAAUGAUUUGAUACAAUCCAAAAUAACAGGAGAGGUAAGGCCCUGAGGUGCCACCUACUGUCUGACCUCAGUGUGGACAAGUGGUGUGACAAUAAUCUCUUAAAUUAGGAGAUGUAGAAAAGGUAUGUGAAAGGAGAUUCUAAAGUGCUGUGCAUGUCCAAGGUAAUGCUAUUGCCAAAGGCCAAAAAGGAAUGGCAUUGAAGAAAUAGUCAUUUUCAUAUAUUUGGGGAUUCCAUCCCUUAAAUUUUCCUUGUGAAUAAGCCAUGCAGAAAUAGAAAACUAGAGAUACAGAAUAAGAAUAAAUAAAACUCUAACACUGGAUCCUUAUCCUUGGCCAAUUAAUAUAACCACCUCAUACCUCAGUUUCUCUGCACUUAAAAAUGAAGAUAAUAGUUAAUAUUCCUAAGUGCAAAGUAUUCAGUAGAUAAAGAAGUGGAAUCACUGUUGUCAUCAACAGCAGCCCAGACCUGACUCUCUAGUCCACACAUUGAUGUUGCAUUUGAAUGCAUUCAGUAGUUAACAAGAAGUACUUACUGUGUAUCACAUUGGUAGUGAAAUUAGCAGGGAGAAAUAUGGGAUUAGUGCCUAGUUCCAGGACCUCCCUCCUCCUUCAGAGUGUCACUCAACAAACAGUGCCCCCCUCCCUCGGUUAAGAAUCAGUGUUCCAUCCCAGAAAAAGGUGUUGUUACCCUCACAGUACCACGAUUGAGACACUCUGAAGUCAUUGCACUACCAGUAGGUUACUACUUUUUGUAAAUUACUCUUUUAAAUCCCACAAGAUGUCCCCAGGUUUUUAUAGUCACUCUACUUUCCUGAAAGUUGCUAGUAGACCGAGGUUGGUUAGUGGUCAUUUCGCUGUCCUUCUUGACUCUUGCGCUCGAUUUCAGUACCUUAGACAGCUAUCUGGUGACUUCCGGGUAGGCAGGGAUCAGCCUCUCCUCUCCCCCUGCAGCCAGUCGGCUUGAUGACGCCCUGGACAGCAGCACUUCCUUCUUUACUGCCGCCAAAGUAAACAUCGUGGGGAGGGGUCACUGCUCCCACUAAGAAAGGAGUAUUACAGAAAUAGCAAUAUUAACAGUCUGCCUCCGGUUAUAGAAUAUAGUGGGUGCUCUUCAGCCUGAAAGCUUGUGCCAAGGUGCAUUAAGAGAAACUAACAUUACACUCCUGUCAAACAAGUAAUAUGUAGAUUUUUACCGAGAUAGACUGAAGCUUAUUAAAAAGUGCUCAGUGCAAUGCUAUAUAAAUAUCUACAGAUAGAGAGAGAGAAAAAGUAACUGUGAUCUUUUUUUUCUUUACACCGUUACUGGAAAACCCCCAAACAUGAACUGGAGUUCCCUCUGAACAAAACCAUUGUCAAAUCUUCAACAUAUGACCUCCAAAUCUAGGUGCCGAGUGCCCUGCAACCGUUGUUUACAUGCCCGAGAAAUGCAUUCUGGAAGCUGUCAUCGUGGGUCUGGACCAUGUGUUGAAACAAACAAAAGAGACGUCAUGACAACCAAGCUAGUGGAGGAAAAGCACAAAAGUCAACACCAACCUGUAGUUAAUGAUCCCAAAGAGAUGCUGAAUUUUUAUAGCCAAAAACAACAAAAAUAAAAUCAGUGACAAAUCAAAAGUGAAUCUGAUCGGAACAGCCAACUUCCAGCUUCACAGAAGAAGGACAGGAAAUAAACGACUUUCUCUAGCUGGGUCAUAUUGUCUCAGUUUUUGAUCCACCUUCAUCAGAAACAUUUUUUUAAUGGCGCAAAAACUCGAUUUUGGUCCCAGACUCUCCAUUCUGCAUUGGCCACAAGAGAACAACAAAAGAGGGUGACAGGAUGUUAAUAGAGGAAACAUUUUCAUGGCAAACUCCAAAACUAAAGUGUUUAUAUUCAGAAUCAGACGAGCUUCGAUAUGAAUUUGCAUCUUUGCCUCUGUACUGCUUGCUAUUUUUUAUUGAUAGGAGAAAGCAUAACAGUUUAUUUUAACUAUGAAAUAUAUUGCUAUAUUAUAAAAUAUAUUGUAACUUUCAAUUAACAUUUUGUAUCAAAUGAGUCUUUAGCAGGUUGAGUGUCAGCCUGCUCUCCCAAUGACUGUUUCUGAGUACACAUCGUGGUUAGCGAUAGCCUGACACCAGUCCUCGUGCCACAGCCUUCUUAACUGCCAUAUUCUCAUUUUCCAAGACCUGAGUAUUAGAGAUGAAAAGAACAUUAUUCUGAGCUUAGAAAAGUAAUUCUACCCUAAAUUCUAUCAAGUCAUUUCAGAAGAGAUUUUAAAAGCCAUCACUCCUUUAGUAGCUGUGCAAAGCCAAUUUAAUGAAAGUGCAGGCUCCUUCUAUAGAAAUGCAAAGGGCCCAUUACGUAAAUUAUAUGUAUCUCAAAUUCAAAGUCAGCCAGUCGAUUUUCCUUUGGCAGUGUCAGAAUUGGGCAUAAGGAAAAGUCCUGUUCUCCUGGGACCCAGAAGUCUGAAAAUUCUAGGCAUUAUGAGUUUCUCUGUGUAAAAAUAAAACUGAGAUUGGAAUUCUGGUUACAUAGGGCCAAAUAAAAGCCCAACAUGCAAUGUGCUCUUCUGAGCUGACGAUACCCUGGAGGGAACAAGGUUUCCCCAUGUUUGUCAACGACAGGGAGCACAGCUCCUAGGGGAGUGAUGAGAGGAAGCAGGACAUACACAACAAGAACCAGCAAACAGAUGGACUUUCUCUGCUGCUAGUUUACUCUAGCUGGGAGGAAAUACAGUUUCUAUCGAGAUGUUUUCCUUUAUGGCAAAAUUGUGGAAAAUUCUGUCCUUAAGCAAGUUGUGAUACCCAUUCCCUCCCUCUCAUAUAGAAGCUAAAACACAAAUGUAGACUUUCUCCGUUCCACUCUUUGAAUGACCAACGGACUAUUUCUGGGGGAAAGUGGGAUGUUUCUGUUAUAAUACAGAUUUCCUAGAAUCGGAGAACCUCUUCCCAGUGAGGAUCUUUAUUUGCUGUCAUUGCUUUGGAAGGAGUUCAUAUAGGUACAAACCAAGUAGCAUUAGAGUAGAUGUAACUGAGCCUGUGUGUCUCUCCUCCUGUCACAAACUCUGAAAUGCACACAGAUAAACUGAUAGUCCAAAGCAACAGGUUUUCUCCUGAGAAAAAGGCUGGAAUCCUCUCUAUUACCUGAGCUUAAAUGUAGAUAAGGCUUGGGCCUCGAUAGCAUUAGUUAUUCAUGCUGAAUGAAAGAGAAAUAAUAUCUAAAUGUCCAACUUCAAGCAGCUUGUGUAGCUGAGACUUAACCUGUUCACAAGCUUCCUUUUUAUUCAGCUAAAUUCUCCCAGUGUCUGCAUUGCUCCUCAGUUACACAUUAGACUGAGCUCCAUUAAAGCCAUCAGAACUCCAGGGCACCUGUUCUUAGCAGCCUACUCACUCACUGGGUAAUGGAAAUUAGUUUAUUCUCAAUUUUCUAAUUGACUGAUGAAUGUACUUUGAUCAUUGAUUUGUCCCUUAAUACUUUUCCACUACUAAAUCAAAUUGUCUCUUCUGGCUUUUCCUUCUAAUACUUCACAGAUUAACUAAGACUUUUGUGUUUUUAAAGAGUAAGUAUGUUCUGACAUUUCCCCCUUGAAGUUGUUAAUCUAGAAUCUAGGAAACCAGUACAAAUUCCUGACUUGUGGAAACCAGUCCUCUUGACAGUAAUUCAGGUAUAUGCUAACCACUGCUACUCCAAAUGCACUCUGCAGACCAGGAGCACCCCAACAUCAGCACCAGCACCAGCUUGUUAGAAAUGUAGAAUCUCAGGCCCCAUGCCAGGUCUACUUGAUCAGAAUCAGCAUUUUAACAAGUUCCCCAAGUAAUUUUGUAUGCACAUCCAAUAUUGAGAAGCCCUGGCCUCACCACACUCAAUGGUAACCAACCACAUUAAUAAUUGGAAAACUAAACCAUUUCUUCCUAGACCCUCAUUUAUGGUAUAAUUUGAUGAAGUAAAAAGAAGGCAUGGCCAAAUUGGUACUAUAGUUGCUCCAAUUAAAAAGAUCCCUGUAUAAUAAUAAGGAUAGAGAAAAAUGCUUUUUAAAAUUCUACAUGAAAUCAUAUAGCAUGUACGCAUGUACUCACGGUUUACAUAAAGCAUAGUAAAGUCCAUAAGAGGCAGCCUUUUUCCAGCUUCUUUCUAAAAGUGCUAACUUCAGAGCCUUGAACCACCACAAAGCCCCUUUUUAGGCUUUUCUUUUUAGCCAAAGCUGAUAGGGCCAUCAGAAUAUCAGCUGACCCCCUCAGGGCAGGUCCCCAAAAGGCCACUUGGGUUCCCGCUCAGCAUAGCAUAGAAACAGCUGUAUCUGUUGACCUUUCUUCUGUUUCUUUCUUGAAGAACUCAGAAUUCCAUAGUGAGAACUCUACUCCCCUAGAGGAAAUUAGCAAGAGAAGUCAAUUUAAACAUCUAAAAACAUUCCUAGUCUCCUUUUAAGCCAAUUUUCUUAUUCAUUAUACAACCAGAGACACUCCCAGGUGGGCAAGGAAGGAUGUGAAUUCUGAAAUUGGCAUCAUAAAUUGAUAUGUACCCAGAAACAGUUAUGUUCUAAAUUAAUGGCUUUAAUCUGUUCAUUGUAAAAAGUGCCUUGGACUUCAAUCUAAAGAGGUCAGUAUAAAUAUAUGUGUGUGUGUGAUGUGUAUGUAGGCAAAUAUUUACAUAUUUAUACAUACAUAGGUGCACACACAUAUACCCGCACAUUCAUAUAUAAUUAUACAUACAUAUAUAAAUGCUUCAUAAUAUAUCCUAUUGCUAUUCACAGCUCUGUUUCUUUUGUCUGGUCCUGUUUAUUUGUUUAGUGAGAACUUUACAUAGAGAGGUUCUAUUCAGGACACUGAUGUAUUUUUGUUUGUUUGUUUUUUACUUUUUAUUAAAAAGGUAAUGGAUAUUAAA